UCUAUGCACUAUUAAAUUUACGUGCAGUAUCAAAUUUUUUUUCGCUCGCCUCAAAUAGUUUAAUAUCAAAUGCAUAAUCAACUGUGUCAAAGCUUAAACUUUGAACACACUUUAAUGUUCUCAAAAUAUUCAAACCAUUUUCUGAUUGACGAAAACUAGUUAACAAAUUACUUUAUUUUGUGACGAGAUGGCGGCAAGGGAUGACAAAAGCUACCGGUGUCGAUUAUGCAAGAAAAUGUUCGUGAAUCCGCGCAUGUUACCCUGUGGUCACUCGUUCUGCGGUCCUUCGGGAAAACAAGGUUCUUCUAAUCCGACCGACUGUCUGGGCGAAUAUCUGAAAACGCGCAGAGAGAGGGGAUCCAUGGUGUGUCCGAGAGGUGACUGCAGUUCUGCCAUUUCUGAGCCACAGUGUACGAGCACUGACUUUCCCUUCAACUACCCCCUCUACGCUCUGGUUGAACAAAGAAAGGCGGAACUUCGAAGUGAUGGAAGUGAAGAGGAGUGUUUGGAUAACAACUGCCUAAACAAGUGCUCAAAACACGACCUGCUGAAGAACUACUACUGUGUGAAGGACAAAGAAGCCAUCUGCAACAAGUGCCGAAUGAGCAGUGAUCACAGUGGUCACGCUGACAGCGAAACCAUCAUCACGAUUGAAGAAGCACGAGAGCGUCAA